UGGGGGGGGGGGGUUCCAGUCAUCUGUGGAUGGACACUUUGUUUCCACGUUUAUCUAUUGUGAAAGUGCUGUAUGAGCACAGGUACACAAAUAUCUUUCUGACACUCUGUAUCUGUUUGAUUCUCUUCUUUCACGUCUUUUGGGUAUAUACCUAGCCAUGGAAUUGAUGGAUUGUGUGGUAGCUCUAUUGCUUAGUUUUUGAGGUUCUUCCAUACUGUUUUCCAUAGUAACUGUACCAGUUUCCAAUCCUACCAACAAUGGGGAAUUGUUCCUGUUUCUCCACAUCCAUGCCAACACUUGUUAUUCCGGGUUUUUUGGUCUUUGUUUUGUUUUUGUAUUUUGUUUGCUUGAUAAUGGGCAUCCAAAUGAGUGUGAAGUGCUGUCUCCUUGUGGUUUUGAUUUGCAUUUCAGUAAUUAUUAGUUAUGUUGAGCCUCUUUUCAUGCGCUUAUCGCCAUUUGUAUACUUUCUUUGGAGAAAUGUCCAUUCCAGUCCUUUGACAAUUUUUUAAUCAGAUGACCUUUGCUGUAGUUGUGGUGGUGGUUGUGGUUGAUUUGCGGGACCUCUUUAUAUGUUCAGCAUUUUAAUCUCUUAUCAGAGAGAUUGUUUGCAAUCGUUGUUAUCAAUUCCAUGGAUUGCCUGAACACUUUGUUGAGAAUGUCCUUUGAUGCCCAAAUGUUUUAAAUUUUGAUGUUGUCCAAUUCAUCUAUUUGUUUCCUUGCCUCCUGGGCCUUUGCAGAUAAAAUUGUCUGAACCCUAAGGUCAUAAAAGUUUUCUCCUAUGUUUUCUUAUAGAUGUUUUAAGGUGUGAUCUUGCAUUUUUUUAGUCUUUGAUCAUGUUGAAUUGAUCUUUGUGCUUGCUCUCAGGUAGUGAUCUAAUUUCUUUUUUCCUCCCAUGAAAAAAUAAUUGUACCACCCUCAUUUAUUGAAUGGCACACACUUCCCCACUAUCAGCUAUGCCAUGUCUAUCAUAUGCCAAGUUUCACUCUGUCCCUGAUUCCGCUUCCCUAUCCUGGUCCACCAGUCAUUUCAUUUAUCCUGUGCCAAAAACCACAGCUUGGAGUAGAAUGAAGACUCUAAGCCAGAACUGUCUAACUCUGAAUCCUCAAAUAUUAGCUGAUACUAGGAUGCCUAAGAUCCUUCGGUGAAUUCCUCAGAGCCUCCACAAGAGGGUCUACCCUAUGUAUGAGAACCCUUAGCAUCUGGACUCGUUUAACUUCCCUUUUAUCCACUCCAUCCUGAGCUUCUUGCAGUUUCCUCAAGCACACCAUUGCUGUUUCACCACUGGGCCUUUGAACAAGCUCAGUCGACUUCUCUGUCAAGUCUUGGUUGGCACUCCUUCCUUUGCCUGAUACUGUGAUUUGUGCUGCCUCUCUCCUCUCACUACACUGUAAUCCAAUCAUCUGUGUGCUAAUGAGACUGUACUAUUGUGCCUCACCUUGAUCAUGCUGGAAACCUGUACGAUUCGACCGAGCAGAUUUGAAACUUACAAUUCAAAUUGGUUACUGUUUGCCCGCAAAUAAAAACAACAUUUCUGCAAGCUUUACUGCCCUUCGAAAGUAUACAUACCCAUAGCUCAUUUAAUCAUCUUAAUAACCCUCUGGAAGAUGAAUUAGUGUAAGGCCAGUUUAUAAUUUAAGAGGAUGAGGAUCAAAGAGCACAAAUGUUUACCCAAGUUUGUAGAGCUUCACAGUAGAGCUAGGACCAGACCUUUGGUAUUUUGCCCCACUGCUCUCCCCUGGCCCGCACCUGUGACCGUUUUGGGUUACUUUGUUGCUCUGGAAAUAAACCUCAUCUUCAGCUGUAAAUCAUGAUCUCUAGCAGUGUUUGUGUGUUUGAACAGUGUGACGGCAGAUGUGGGAGUCCUUUAAAAAGUUGUAGGUUUCAAUGUAAAUUUCAAAACAAGUUACUUGAGGAAGGUACUGUCUUUAACGUUUUGGAAUGCACCUAAACGUCAUGAAAUGAUAAACCCAUUGAAGAGUUCAUGGACACCAGACCAGGUGAAAAGACAAAGGGGCUAUCCUCGAUAGAGCAAAGAUCAGCAGUUCAGCAACCUGAAAGUAGUGUGCAUCCAAAUUUUCAGGGACAUUCUGAUUCUUUAUGGCUAGCACGAGGACAGGAAUCUGGAUUUGUAAGAAGCUACCACAAGGGAUUUGGAUAAUUAAUAAAUACAGUGUAACAUAAGUGCUAUGGCAGGCCGUGCAUCUACCUAAGCAUUCUACCCUUCAUCCUUUUCAUCCUUGCUAACAGAACCUUGACCCCGUUAUGUGUAGAGGUGAGCACGUGGCCCAGUCCAGCCCCUGGGCUGGCCAUGAUACGUGUCCCAGAUGACACUGGUGGCAUUCCUAGGAAAGCUUCAUGAACUGGAAAGAUGCAGCUGGCUUCCCCCUUUGAUCUUUACCCUUUGUCCUGCCAGCGAUAUAGAUACAAUGCUUGUGACCUUGGAGACAAAAGCCACAUUUAAGGACAGAGGGGCAAGAAAAGAGAAGAUCCUGGCUCCUUGUGUAGCACCAGCCCUGAACAGUGUAUUCCUACUGCAUGUUAACCGGAAUAAGUGAACCUCCUAUGUGUCUAAGCCACCAUUUGAAAUGCAGUCAAUUGCAAUUCAUAAUGAUAGAACAGUGCAUACCUGAAAUUUAUUUUUACCCAACUUGCAUCAGGUGUGGUACACUAUUACUGUGACAUUUAAACCCAAACAUGUAUAACUCCAAACUAGUUCGUUUAUUUCUCCUGUAACGUUACCGGGAAAGUCAGUAUGUCCUCAUGGUGGGCAUUAUCCAUGCACUUCUACAGGGACCCAGGCUGUCAGAAAGUCUGCCACAUCCAACAUGUGACUUCCACGGGUGCCCUGGACGUGGCCUCCUUUGCAGUUUGCUAGAAGGGGAAAAGGGCACGGAGGUGUGCCAGAUUGACAUUAGAGGUGCAUACGUCCUGGGUAUCUAUCUACAUUUGACGUCAUUUGAUCCCUGGAAGGACAGCGCACCUCAGAAGCACAGAGCAGAAUAAAGGGUCUGCUGGACACGCAGUUGGAGCGUAUGAAUCAACAGAUGUAGCUCACAGAACCACACCUCCCAGGAUUUACGUGGCAUUCAUACUCUCCAAUAUAGUCCAUUCAAAACACAGGCUCCAGCGACCCUGGGAGAUUCAGGUGAAGAAAGACAGGCCACAUAAGGUGUAAACCCUUUGUGGUCCUAGGCCAAAAGGUGUGGUGAAGAACAUUGCUUUAGGGAACACCUACCAUGGCUGUGGGUAUGACGGCCAGACCCUUCAACCUCUAUUAAUUCCGUCUUGAGAGGAAACUCAAAUCAUAAUGGCUGCUGAGUAUAUCCUAUGCAAUUGGAAAGGCCACAUUUGGCCAGCAAAGGUUUUGUCCAGAUCUGGGAUCUCACCAAAAUAUAUGAGGAAAAGAGCACUUUCUCUAGAAGUUCAAAUACUCUCAGUAGGUAAAAAAAUUAAAGUGAAAAGCACAGACAUAAAGCUCCUAAAUGAGUCUCAAAUUGAAUCCGUUACCUCUAUGCUUGUGGCCCAGUCAAAGGCCAGUGUUCCACCAGGACAGAAAGUGGCCUACAGAAAUGCUCUUAAAGUGGCACUGGAGAUCCUGAAUAAGAGAGCAAAUUUCGGUCCAGCAAGAGCAUCAGAUGGUCUAGAGACCACUACACCAUCUCAAAGGGGACCACAAAUGCAAGCUCGUAAAAAGUACCGGAAGCCUAAAGGUACCUUACUGAGGAGUCUUAGGAAAAGAAAAAACCUCAAAUCGCUGCUGGUGUGUUCACAGAAUAAAAACACCCCAGACAGUGGCCGAUCACAGGCGCACACAACCAUCAUGCAUACACUAAGGGAAAGGCGAGCAAAGUCCUCGCGAAGCUGCAGCAUGUCCUCAAAGUUCCCAUCACUUUCGGAAGAUGAUCGUAAGACAGGAGGCCGACCACACGCACACACAAUGGCCACGCAUACUCUAAGGGAAAGGCGAGCAAAGUCCUCGCGAAGCUGCAGCGUGUGCUCAAAGUUCUCAUCACUUUCGGAAGAUGUUCAUAAGACAGGAGGCCGACCACACGUGCACACAACGGUCACGCGCACUCUAAGGGAAAGGCGAGCAAAGUCCUCGCGAAGCUGCAGCGUGUGCUCAAAGUUUCCAUCACCUUCAGAAGAUGAUCAUAAGACAGGAGGCCGACCACACGCGCACACAACGGUCACGCGUACACUAAGGGAAAGGCGAGCAAAGUCCUCGCGAAGCUGCAGCGUGUGCUCAAAGUUCUCAUCACUUUCAGAACAUGAUCAUAAGACAGGAGGUCAACCACACGUGCACACAACGGUCACACGCACUCUAAAGGAAAGGCGAGCAAAGUCCUCGCGAAGCUGCAGCGUGUCCUCAAAGUUCUCAUCACUUUCGGAAGAUGUUCAUAAGACAGGAGGCCGACCACACAUGCACACAACGGUCACGCGCACUCUAAGGGAAAGGCGAGCAAAGUCCUCGCGAAGCUGCAGCGUGUGCUCAAAGUUUCCAUCACUUUCAGAAGAUGAUCAUAAGACAGGAGGCCGACCACACGCGCACACAACGGUCACGCGUACACUAAGGGAAAGGCGAGCAAAGUCCUCGCGAAGCUGCAGCGUGUGCUCAAAGUUUCCAUCACCUUCAGAAGAUGAUCAUAAGACAGGAGGCCGACCACACGUGCACACAACGGUCACACGCACUGUAAGGGAAAGGCAAGCAAAGUCCUCGCGAAGCUGCAGCGUGUGCUCAAAGUUUCCAUCACUUUCAGAAGAUGAUCAUAAGACAGGAGGCCGACCACACGUGCACACAACGGUCACGCGUACACUAAGGGAAAGGCGAGCAAAGUCCUCGCGAAGCUGCAGCGUGUGCUCAAAGUUUCCAUCGCUUUCAGAAGAUGAUCAUAAGACAGGAGGCCGACCACACGCGCACACAACGGUCACGCGUACACUAAGGGAAAGGCGAGCAAAGUCCUCGCGAAGCUGCAGCGUGUGCUCAAAGUUCUCAUCACUUUCAGAACAUGAUCAUAAGACAGGAGGUCAACCACACGCACACGCAACGGUCACGUGUACUCUAAAGGAAAGGCGAGCAAAGUCCUCGCGAAGCUGCAGUGUGUCCUCAAAGUUCCCAUCACUUUCAGAAGAUGAUCAUAAGACAGGAGGCAAAGGAAAUAGGGACACAUCAAGAGGUAUGUCUUUGCAUCGCACAGUCAAAGAGAAGGGUACAAGUGCUAAAGAUGGAGGCAUCCUUCCACCUUUGUCACCAAGCUUCAACCUCACUUUGCCCAAAGCUCACAAAGAAGAGGCACAUGACACCUACCCAAGGACCCUGGCUGUCUCCUCUGAAAGCUCUGCCUUCUUGGGGAAUGUUGAGGACCAUGGAGAGGUUGCCUGGAAGCCAGGCUUGGAAGGUGCAGCAGCAUCCUCCAGUGCCCCUAAACAGAGGCGGUGUUAUUCACUCGGUCUGGCAAAUAGAAAAAGGAAGCUGCAGGUGACAGAGUUUGAGAAAGGGCUGCAAGAACUUCAACCUUCAGUCAACUCAAAGGCUAUUAACCCCACCACCCCUAUUAAAAAGAAUGCCAACAAAGAAAUGGGACAAGUGGCAAGCAUGGGUUUUCCACAAGAGCCUUGUCCCAUUGAAGGAGGAAUGAUGGUCUGGUUCAAAUUUCAGGAUCACCCAUUUUGGCCUGCAGUAGUAAAGAGUGUCAGCCAAACAGAGCAGACUGCAAGGGUGCUUUUGGUUGAGGCAAACAUGCACUGUGAAAUGAGUGGCAUUCGAGUUCCUCUUCGAAGAUUAAAGCACCUGGAUUGUAAAGAGAAAGAAAAACUAAUAAAGAGAGCCAGGAAAUUGUACGAGCAAAGUGUGAACUGGUGCUUCUCCCUGAUUGCCCACUACAGAGAAAGCCUCAGGCGAGGUUCUUUUGCAGGCAGUUUCCUGGACUAUUAUGCUGCUGACAUCAGUUACCCAAUUAGGAAAGCCAUCCAAGACAGGGAUCUGGAGAUUGAUUUCCCAAAGGUGAAUUAUGCCGACCUGGAAGAUUCUGAGGAGGAGACCUCCCUGGACGGGAAGAGGCCCUGCAAGAAAAUUCUCCCUGACCGGAUGAAGGCUGCUCAGGACCGAGCCAACCAGAAGCUAGUGGACUUCAUCGUGAAAACAAAGGGGGCCGAUCACCAUCUUCUGGACAUUGUCCAAGGCAGGAAACAGUCCAGGUGGCUGGUAUCAUUUAGGAAUUCGAGCAGGUACGUGAUCUGCGUUGAAACAUACCUGGAGGACGAAGACCAGUUGGAUGUGGUGGUAAGACAUUUACAAGAAAUCUACAAACAAAUAGACAAGAAAACGCUGAAUCUGGUAAGGGAUGACAAAGUGAGUUUUGUUCUGGAAGUUCUUCUGCCAGAAGCAAUCAUUUGUUCAAUUGCUGCACUUGAUGGAUUGGAUUACAAGGAGGCAGAAAAAAAGUACCUACAGGGGCCACCUGUGCAUUACCGGGAAAAAGAGCUAUUUGAUAAAAAUAUCCUAAAGAAAAUAAGAAAGAGAUAAGCAACAAGGAGCAAGACUAAUUAACUCCCCCUGUACCCACACUUUAGCAGGAAGACCUCUCAUUACCCUGUCUGUAUGAAAUGUGUGAUCGUUCCGCUCUCUAUGGCAUGUAAAUAUGUUCUGGAAAUUUGAGACCUUGGGAAUAUGCUGGAUUCAUUUUGGAUCCAUCUCUAGCACUUGUGGGUAGCACAGUCAUCAUCUUUUCUAGUACCCAAAUGCCUCACAAAUUAAUUUGUUAAAAUAUUGCAAACAGUUGUACUUCCCUCUACUUGCUUGGAUGUGUUAACUGUCCAGAUGUUUUCCUAACAUGGCUUUUAACCGUACUUCAUAUUUUAAUAUAGCACACACACAUUAUUUUAUUACAUGAAAGAGCACUGGUAUCAAACAUUAAGCAACAAUCAUUUUUAAAAUCCAAGAUAGAUUCUUACAGAAACAAUCUGCAAUCUCUCAUUCUUUUUGUGACACCUGAGUAUAAAUGAUUGGGUUCCUUCUUAAGAUAAUUCCUGAAUUUUUUCUGCCAUGCUUGUUUGUUUGGGAAAAAUAGCCCUGAGAGCUGAAACCAAUGACAGAGAUGUUUUCUAUAUAUUAUCACUACCUUCAAAUGGUUCUUGCAAAAGCAGUCUGGAAUCCAAAGUUAAUGGAUCAUUUGCACAUAGUCCACACGUGGGUGAAUGAAAUCUCAAUGUGCAGUAAACAUUUUGCCAGCCUGUGAAAGAUUGUUAAACUCUACAUUUCCCUGAGAUUCCACUUACGGAAGUAGCUCUUGUUCAAUGGCUGAAUGGUUUCCUUAAAACAGACAGGCUCCUGGCUGUCUUCUUAACUGACUGGAUCCUUUGCGUAUACUGGUUUAUCCCCAUGUGGAUGACAACUAGACUAAUCGUACACACCGUUUACCUAUUUUAGACCUAGGAGUCCAGGCUCACUGCUAAGAGCCCGUCUGGCACAAAUUGUAGGAAAGCUCGCAUUUUGCUCUGGACCUGUGUGCCCUAAAAUGCAGUCGUUUGUCUGAAGCUAAGCAAGCUUUCUCUUUUGACUUAUUCAUUGACUAACCCUGACAGGUUCCAACAGUUAUGCAGGCUGGAAAGUCAUUCCAGGCUGCUUGAGCAAUAGAUGGACCUGGAUCUGGGAACUUGGAAAUGGGCUACAGAAAAGUAUCCGUUUGGCUAAAUAUGGCUGUUGUCAGAAUACAAUGAAACAUAUGUAACUAAAAGAUAAAUUCUGAAGCCCAUGAAUUGUUAUCCUACUUGAAACAAGAGUUUUUUGAGACAAAAAAUGUUGGGAAAGCUAGUUUACUUUUAAAACUUGUUGUGAAAAUAAACACUAAAGGUUUAAUAUACACCUGAGUGCAUUUUUAUUCUCAGAGAGAGUCAACUGUCACUCACAGGCCCAUGUUAUGUGUCCACAUGGCCAUGUGAUUUGUGUGUGUGUAAAAUUUUCAAGAGCUAGCUGUUUUGAUUCACAAUAAAACCACUGUAUCUUUCACCUUGAA